AAUCAAAAUGAAACUCAUUUUCUUGAAUUUAAACAGUUAUCUACCUCCCCAACUAUCUGCUAACCAAACCUCAUCAAUGCUCUUUACUUACCCCCUUCUCUCUCCUUUUCUUUAUCUAACACUACACAUAUUUCUUGUUUUCUCAAUCAAUCUUUAUAAGUACCCUUUACAUUCACCUCUAAUCUUAGUAAAUCAUUUCUUCAGUUUCAGUUUGAAAUUUUCUUGAAAUACCCUUUUAAUUUCACUUCCAUUCUUGUUAAAAAACUUGUUUUUUCUUGAAUUCUUGAUCUUCUAUGGCUCCAGUUUGUUCCUUUGAUGGGCCUUGCCCGCAAACUGUUUGUGUAAUGGAUGCUUCGAGUCGUUUAGGCACUACCCUUGUGCAUAGACUCUUGAAAAGAGGCUAUAUUGUUCAUGCUGCUAUGCAAAAUCAUGGCAAAUUAAAAUAUUUUGAAGAGUUAUCUUGCAAAAACAAGAAAUUGAGAGUUUUCUAUUCAGACCCUUUUGAUUUCCACAGUAUUUUGGAUGCUUUAAAGGGUUGCUGUGGCUUGUUGUAUUCCUUUGAACCUCCAUCAGAUCAGCCCAUCUAUGAUGAAUUUAUGGCCGAUGUAGAGGUCAGGGCGGCGCAUAACGUGUUAGAAGCAUGUGCACAAACAGAUACCAUACACAAAGUUGUCUUCACCUCAUCUAUUACAGCUGUUAUAUGGAGCAACGACCGAAAUAGUACUUCCGAUAUUGAUGAGAGAAACUGGAGCGACAUAAACUUCUGCCGGAAGUUCAAGUUAUGGCAUGGGCUAUCAAAAACACUAGCGGAGAAGACGGCAUGGGCUCUAGCAAUGGACCGGGGGAUCAACAUGGUGAGCAUAAACGGAGGACUCUUGAUGAGUCCCGAUCUUACAAUUACACAUCCUUAUUUAAAAGGAGCAGCAGAGAUGUACGAAGACGGUCUAUUUGUUACUGCGGAUCUCAGUGUCGUCGUUGAUGCACACAUUCGUAUAUUUGAAGAAGUUGGAUCAUACGGAAGGUAUCUCUGCUUUAACCGUGUCAUCAAUUGCAACGAAGACGCUAUUAAGCUUGCGCGCCAGCUAUUGCCUCCUUCAGAAUCUUCACUUCCUCAAAGUUUUUUUGAAGAUGAAAGAGUACAUCAACAGAGGAUAAGCAACAAUAAACUAAACAAAUUGAUGGUGGAUUUUGACAGUGAGCUGCAAAUAGAUCUAUGUGCAGCAUAGUUAUUGGUUAUGCAUAUAAAAUUUAAAUCAAUUUUUGUUUUUGUGAUCUAUAGAUGAUUGUGAUGUCUGAAUUGUUUAGAGACUUGGGGAAAGGUUUGCUCAUGAAUUUGAGCUGAAAAACAAAAGAGCAACUGUGCAAAUUGCAGUUGUCUCUGUAUUAAGUGUAAAAUUCUUGCGUAAAUCCAGUUCGUCAUGUAAGAUUAUGAAUUCUAUAGAGUAACAUUUAGCAGUUGAUUCAUAAUCCUAUGUGACGAAAUGAGUUGACACAAUAAUUUCUGAAUUUAUACAAAAAUUUAUCAGUACUGCA